AUGGCUGCGGCGAACGGGACGGGUGGGAGCAGCGGGAUGGAGGUGGAUGCAGCAGUGGUCCCCAGCGUGAUGGCCUCCGGAGUGACAGGGAGUGUUUCGGUCGCUCUUCAUCCCCUCGUGAUCCUCAACAUCUCAGACCAUUGGAUUCGCAUGCGCUCCCAGGAAGGGCGGCCGGUGCAGGUGAUCGGGGCUCUCAUCGGGAAGCAGGAGGGCCGAAACAUCGAGGUGAUGAACUCCUUUGAGCUGCUGUCCCACACCGUAGAAGAGAAGAUUAUCAUUGACAAGGAAUAUUAUUACACCAAGGAGGAGCAGUUUAAACAGGUAUUCAAGGAGCUGGAGUUUCUGGGUUGGUACACCACAGGGGGACCUCCUGACCCAUCCGACAUCCACGUCCACAAGCAGGUGUGCGAGAUAAUCGAGAGCCCCCUCUUUCUUAAGUUGAACCCCAUGACCAAGCACACGGAUCUUCCCGUCAGUGUUUUUGAGUCGGUCAUCGAUAUAAUCAAUGGAGAGGCCACAAUGCUGUUUGCUGAACUGACCUAUACUCUGGCCACAGAGGAAGCUGAACGCAUUGGUGUAGACCAUGUGGCCCGAAUGACAGCAACAGGGAGUGGAGAGAACUCUACUGUAGCUGAACACCUGAUAGCACAGCACAGUGCUAUCAAGAUGUUGCACAGCCGCGUCAAGCUCAUCUUGGAGUACGUCAAGGCCUCCGAAGCAGGAGAGGUCCCCUUUAACCAUGAGAUCCUUCGGGAGGCCUAUGCUCUGUGUCACUGCCUCCCAGUACUCAGCACAGACAAGUUCAAGACAGACUUUUAUGAUCAAUGCAAUGAUGUGGGGCUCAUGGCCUACCUUGGCACCAUCACCAAAACGUGCAACACCAUGAACCAGUUCGUGAACAAGUUCAACGUCCUCUAUGAUCGACAAGGCAUCGGCAGGCGGAUGCGGGGGCUCUUCUUCUGAGAGGGUACUUGAAGAGAUGAUGCACAGGGGUCCCUAUGUGCUCCAUAGGCCACAACUGUUGCAGAGGGGAGGGGUGCUACACUCCCUUUAGAGAAACCUGUUGUUAAUAAAAGGGGAGCAGCUCCUCAGCACCCCUUUCAGUGGCUCUGUCCUCUAUUAGGUACCCCACAGGUUUCUCAACCAUCUUAAAGGAGACCCUUGGUUCCAGCCUUGUGCAAAGGCAAGAGUCCCCUUUUAUCAUCAGCUCUUCUCCAUACUCUUCAGUGAUUGUGGAGUUCACUGCCACUUGAAGUGACUCCAUGUCUGGUCAGGUGGACUAUGUUGAGCAGAAUGCUGCCUGCUUCCAUCUACGCAAUCUGUUGUUUAAUGUCUUCCUAUAAAGGACUACUUUCCCAAA